GGUGUUUCUAUUUCCCGCUCACUCCUCCUCGCCUCUACUCUCUCUCACUCUCUCCUUUCUUCACUACCAAGGAGCUUUGGAGAGACACCUAAGAACAAAGCUAUACAUAAACAUUGGGAGAGUCGGAAAAUUGAGUUAACUUCCAAAAGGACGUAUUCUGUCAAUAAUCAGAAAAGAAAACUAGCCUUGUUCUUGAGCACGAGGCCAGGUGACAGUUUGAAGAGGAUUCUUUCAGUCCGGCAAAGGUAGAUCUCUCGAGCCACAACCCCAGCAGCCAGAAUGGAGCUUCAGAAAAAAAAUGGACACAGCAGGGAAGAUGGGUUUGAUGGGCUGGAUGCGUUGACCGAACAAGAGGAGUUUCUCCCACAUAAAACUGGUGUCAAGAAACAAACCCGCUUUACAGAUUUCGAGGGAAAGACUUCAUUUGGCAUGUCCAUCUUUAACCUCAGUAACGCCAUUAUGGGCAGUGGAAUUCUGGGAUUGGCUUUUGCAAUGUCCAACACUGGAAUCGUUCUUUUUCUAAUGCUGUUGGUUUCCAUUGCCAUCCUGUCUGCGUAUUCAAUUCAUCUCCUGCUGACAAGUGCCGGGGUUGUUGGCAUCCGGGCUUAUGAGCAGCUUGGGAAUCGGGCUUUUGGUACCCCAGGAAAAAUAGUGUCCGGAUGCAUCAUUACAGUACACAACAUUGGAGCAAUGUCCAGCUACCUCUUCAUCGUCAAGUCUGAGCUGCCCCUGGUUAUUAUAGCUUUCCUCGGUAAACACAAAAACACAGGAGAGUGGUUCAUGAAUGGAAACUACUUGAUCAUUAUUGUUAGUGUUCUCGUCAUCCUUCCUCUAGCACUCAUGAAACGCCUUGGUUACUUGGGCUAUACCAGCGGGUUCUCCUUAUCCUGCAUGGUGUUUUUCCUAAUCUCGGUUAUCUACAAGAAAUUCCACAUCCUCUGUCCACUGGUACAGAACUUAACCAUUUCUCAUAACUACACUGCCGUUAAUGGGAUGGACGACGCCUGUGAGGCCAAACUAUUCACCGCCAACUCACAGACAGCGUACACCAUCCCAAUUCUGGCCUUCGCUUUUGUCUGCCACCCAGAGGUGCUACCAAUCUACACUGAGCUACGAGAUGCCACCAAGAAACGUAUGCAGAAUGUUGCCAACGUCUCCAUCCUGGCCAUGUUCGUCAUGUACCUGCUAACGGCUCUUUUUGGUUACCUGACCUUUUAUGGUAACGUGGGGCCAGAGCUGUUACACACCUACAGCCGAGUGGACACACUGGAUGUGCUGGUUCUCUGUGUGCGAGUGGCUGUGCUGGUGGCCGUCUCUCUGACUGUCCCCGUGGUUCUUUUCCCGAUCCGCAGGGCCUUGCUCCAGAUCUUGUUCCCUGAAAAGCCGUUCAACUGGUUCAUACACAUCGGCAUUGCAUUCUGCCUCAUCUUUGUGGUCAACGUACUGGUCAUCUUUGUGCCCAGCAUCCACGACAUCUUUGGUGUCAUCGGAGCCACAACUGCCCCCUGCCUCAUCUUCAUCCUACCUGGAAUCUUCUACAUCCGCAUCGUUCCUGAAGACCAGGAGGCAUUACGGUCCAGACCCAAGAUUCAGGCCGCCUGCUUUGCUGGCCUGGGAGUCAUCUUCAUGAUCAUGAGUUUGUCGUUCAUCAUUAUUGACUGGGUGACUGGGGCAUCUCAGAGUGGAGGCGGGCACUAGCAGUUGUGAAGGAACAGAGAUACAACAAACAGAAUGCCAACCAAAGCACUCCCUGUCAUUAAAUUACCCCUCAUCUACUCAUCCAAAGCCAAAUAGGAAAGUUUUAUUGCACAAGACGAAGGAUAUGUGAAGAGCCUUCGCCUACUACAACAACAACAAAAAGAAAGCAUUUUGACAUGAUAUGGGGAGGACAAAGCAGAGCGAUGUGCUCUGACUGAAUGAAACCUAUGUCACGCCUCAUAGUAAGGAUGUUGUUUGGAGGCGUGUGUAGAAAUGCAAAAGGAUGAAUGGGAACAGCAUGACUCAAAUGGAAAUCCCAUUUUAGAGUAUGGAUGUGUACAGCUCCUUGGAAUAACUCAGUCACUGCCAAAAUCCUUCCAAUCUACUUCCCCACCAUCUCAGACUUUACAGAACAGAAAUUUCAUUGUGUCGAAAGGCAAUCAUUUCCCUUCUUUUGCCCACUAACCCAAACCCAUCCAUCAGUUUUUGUUUCAUUAUAUAUUUAGAACUGUAAAAUAUGCUGGCGUGGUGUUGUCCGAAUUCCAACGAACUUCACAGAUUCAGCUGAAUUUGAUCAGCGAGGGUUAGACGGCAGCUCCACACUAACCAUUACAAUCGACCAAAAUACAAUUUUUUUAUGACUUUUACGUGGAGUUUAAUUAAUGUUCAUGUGAAAUGUGUGUUAAUAUAUUCUGAGAAAAAAGUUACUGUUGUAGAAGUGAUUAUCCUCAAAGCUGCGUCUGAGGGGAUUUUUUUUAGAAAUAAUCCAACAGACACGGUGCAAUUUGUGUUCGGCUGCUACCCAUAAAGGUCAAACUGACAGUGACUGGAAGUCACAUGUGAUGUCACAAAUCAAAGAAUAUAAUGUUGUGUCACAUAGAAAUAGAUUGUAACACCCUAUUUUUAUUUAUUCUUACUAUGUUCAGCAAAGGCCAAUUAAAAAUUGUACCUGAGAAGAUGUUUGUGUUAAAAAUGCUGCGUGUGUUUUAGCAGUGUCAGAAAUUGUUGAGUAUGAACAAUAAGGACCCAUGGGUUUUAAGUUAAAUGGUCUGUUUCUCUUUUGUUUUUUUUGUCUUUAAAAUUUGACCAAAAGAUAUUUUGACUUUGUUAUUCAUCCUGUGCAUUUUUAAAUUAAUAUGAAUGUUGCUACCUGUCAAUAAAACAUGUCUUUCAUUUGUACAAAAGUUUUGAGUUGCUUUUUAAUC